AUGAAGAGCCCGGGCUCUGUCAAAGACGUCCAAAGGCUGGCAGGAAGGCUCACCGCGCUGUCCCGCUUCCUCGGAGCGUCGGCAGCAAAAGCCCUACCCUUUUUCAAUCUGAUGAGAAAAGGGAUAGCAUUCGAAUGGACCCCUGCGUGCGAGGAGGCGUUCAAUCACUUCAAAGAGAUCCUGGCAGCACCCCUCGUACUCGGGAAGCCCAAGGUCGGAGAACCACUCUACCUGUACCUGGCCAUAACAGAGGAGGCGCUUGCAGCAGUCUUGGUGCGGGAAGAAGGAAAGGCUCAACAGCCAAUCUACUUUGUGAGUAGAGCACUACAAGGAGCAGAACCGCGGUAUAGCAAACUGGAGAAGCUAGCACUGGCACUCUUGACCUCUUCCCGUAGACUAAGGCAGUACUUCCAAGGCCACCAAAUCAUCGUGAGGACGGACCAGGGAAUCCGUCAAGUACUCCAAAAACCCGAUUUAGCAGGAAGAAUGAUGAUUUGGGCCAUUGAGCUCUCCCAGUACGACUUGCGCUAUGAGCCCCGGCAUGCGAUUAAGGCACAAGCAAUGGCCGACUUCUUGUUAAAAGUAACGGGGGACCCAUACGAGGAAACGGGCAUACGGUGGAGGCUCCACGUAGACGGGGCCUCCAACCAAAAGUCCGGAGGAGCCGACAUCAUCUUGGAAAGCCCUGCCGGGGUCAUAUACGAGCAAUCGAUCAAGUUUGAGUUUUCGGUAUCAAACAACCAAGCGGAGUACGAAGCCCUCUUGGGAGGCCUGAGCCUAGCUCAGGAAGUCGGGGCGACGAGACUGGAGGUUAGAGAAUUGAGCAAGCAGUUCGAGGAGGUCACGAUCCAACAUGUCCUAAGGGAAAGGAACACACGGGCAGACCUCCUAUCUAAGCUAGCAAGCACGAGACCGGGAGUCGGCAACCGAUCUCUCAUCCAAGGCAUAGUAAAGGAACCAGCAGUUGCCCUCCAUUUGACAAAGUUAGGCCCCUCUUGGUUGGAACCUAUCAUCGAUUUCCUGGAAAACAGCAAACUCCCUGACGACGAGAAGGCAGCUAAAGCGUUGAGAAGGGAGGCAGCCAAAUAUGCGACCAUACAGGGACAACUGUUUAAAAAGGGACUCAGCCAGCCCCUAUUGAAGUGCCUACACCCCGAGCAGGUGGAUUACGUACUCAGAGAAGUCCACGAAGGGUGCUGCGGCCACCAUAUCGGGGGCCAAGCCCUAGCAAGAAAGCUCAUCCGAGCUGGAUAA